AUGCCCCGCCUCUCUUUUGACAAUGGAAUAUGGACCGAUCCUUUCACAGGAGCAUAUCGGUAUCAAUUUUCAUGCUACAGUAUCAAUAUGGGUGAUAACUUAAAAGGCAAUCCAUUUGCUAGUUUAUUUCCCAGCCUUGAGAAAGCGCAACAGUUCAGCCAAACUCAAGCUCAUGCAGCAGCCAUAGUGGAAAAGCAACCAAUUGUGUCAAAUGAGCCAGUUGCAGUCCCGUUGCCAAAAGCAAGUGAUAAAGAAGCAACAGUUGAUGAUGAAGAUAUAACUGAUGUAGAUUUGGAAAAGUUAGAAGUGAACAACCUGCUGGAAAGUGUCUUCCUUAUCACACUGGAUAAAGAAGUUACUGGGUAUGGCAGGCGACCAUGUGAAUGUGUAUUUCUGGAGGAUUUACACGUUUCCUUAAAAGGGCAGGAUUGGCUGGAUUUUGAUUGUCUUGAACAGGCUGUAUUUGAGAGGCUUAUGAUGCCUGAACCUACAGACCAUGUUAUACGCACCACCACUGGAAGACCUAACCCAAGGGAACUUGGAAUAGCUGGGAGAGAUCAACCCUUGAGAUAUCUGUAUGAAUGCUUUAAACGAUCACUCAGUGAGAUAAAGUCGACCAAUGAUGGCCACAUUGCAAUGCUCCAGGAGGUGAUACUGAUGAACUCAAAGACUUGCAUGCAGCAUCCAGAGUUCUUUACAAGGGUAGAACCAGCUAAGCACUUUUUGGAGAUCUUCCUAGAGGAAUUUUCCAGUUCAGAUGCAGAAGCUGUGUGUGAAUACUUUGAACGAGUUAGUAUGGCGAUAGAUAAUGAAAGUGAAGAGGGGUCUGUAUUUGAUUGCUUCUGGCCAGUCUUUGAUGAACUGAGGAAUAAAUUCCUAAAAGAUUUCACACUCAGUCACAGUUUGCUGUUUAGAUAUAUAGAUGUAGUGACUUUUUUCUCAAGGAAGGCAUGGUUGGCAGAGGCAUUCAUGAAACAUAUCAUCCCGUCAAAUCUGACCAAUGGGAAGGCUUAUGAAGAUUCACUUCUUGGACUGAUCAUAGCUAAAAGCUGUAUUGCAAAAAAUGAUGCAGGACCAUAUGAAUUUUUCGACGAACCCUCCAGAACCAGCCAGCGUGAUCAUGACAUCACAGAGGGUAAUAUCUGGCAGGCUCUCAGUAUGGUCCAGGAGAGAGUGUACCAGAUUAUCUACAAUCUACUGAAAGCAAGUCCACAGGCAAAACAUGAUAUUCUCAGUUGGCUGGGCAACUGCAUGAAAGCUAAUACAGGUCGGGCAAAAAUCUGGUCUUCCCAGAUGCCAGCGAUAUUUGGUACAAUGUAUGCUUCAGAUGGCUUUUACAUGAAUUUAUGUGGGAUCCUGUUAAAACUUUGUCAGCCAUUCAGCCAGCCUUGUUCACCAAAAUUGUUGAAAAUCCAGCCAACAUACUGUAGAGUUGUUGUACCUGCUGGUGAAACUAGGCAAAGAUCCAUACAUAUGACAGAUUUGUCAGAAGAAACGUGCAUGGUGCCAAGUGAGGAAAAUGAGAGACCAAAUCCUGAUGAAACCUACUCAUUUGUAACAGAGUGCUACUACUUAGCACACAGGUGCCUCAAUUUAGGCUUUCACGUGUGUCUAGAAAAAUUCAAGAAUUUAAAUCGGACUUUACAUGAUAUACAAAAUGUAUGGGUUGAAAUACGAAACCAAGGAGCAGAAAAUACUGAUCCGGGAAGAAAGCUGCAACAGAGAAUGGAUAAAGUUAUGGCUGCAUUCCUUAGUCUAAAAGCAGCGAUGACUGAUCCUCAGCUAUUAGAACUCAGUCUUAAUUUCCACAUAGCCUCAGCAACCUGGCUCUGUCAGCUAGCAACCAAUGAAAAUCUCAAAGAGUUCCUACCAAUUACAUUCCCACUAUCAGACAACGUGCCGUAUCACUUAAAAUGCAUCCCAGAGUUCUUAAUGGAUAAUACAACAGAAUUCAUGCAGUUUCUACGUCGAUUCAAAGACUCAAUCUAUGAGGUAGCUGGUGAGAAGCUGAAUCAUUUAAUGACUCUCAUCCUGGUGUUUAUGGGGAGCCCAGAGCGCAUGAAGAAUCCUCACUUACGUGCGAAAAUGGCUGAGGCCUUAGAGGCACUGCUUCCUCCAAAGGAAAGAGAAUACAGUAUGGGUAUCAUUGGCAAUUUCAACAGAGAACACAUAUUCCACUCACAUCCACAUAUCCAGUAUCUGGCGCAGACUCUGAUUCAUGUGUUUGUCAGCAUUGAGACGACAGGCGAGAGUGUUGAAUUUGAACAGAAGUUUAACUAUCGUCGUCCAAUGCUGCAAGUUCUUGAUUAUAUGUGGGAGAUUGAGAUUCACCAAAAAGCAAUACGGGACCUUGCAGCAUUAGCUGAGGAGAACAUCGAGGCAGCUGAACCUCCAUUGUUUCUGCGCUUUAUUAACCUGCUCAUCAAUGAUGCCAUCUUUCUAUUAGAUGAGGCACUACAGCAUCUUAGUCAAGUCAAGGAGCAACAGGAUGAGAAGGAUGCUGGAACUUGGGCCAACCUGCCAGACCAGGAACGGCAAGAGAAGGAGGCCAGUUUUAAGCAACUUGGCUUCCUAGCGAGGAUAUUCAACAUGAUGUCCAAUGACACUAUCCAAUCACUGGAGAGGAUCACCCGAGAAGUGCAGUCAAUAUUUACAACUAAAAUAAUGGUCGAUCGUAUUGCGGCAAUGCUCAACUAUUUCCUGUUACAUCUGGUGGGACCAAAAAAGAAAAAUCUCAAAGUAAAAGAUUUCGAUAAAUAUGAGUUCAAACCACAGGAGCUUGUAUCAAACAUCAGCCAAAUCUACAUCAAUCUAGGAGAGAGUGAAGCGUUUUUACAGGCGAUACCAAGUGAUGGACGGUCAUUUUCUCAGGGUUUGUUCACCCAGGCCCGCCGUGUACUACAAAGAAUUAAUAAACCAGGGCCUAUGAUCAUGGACUUUGCUGAGCUCUCUGAGAAGUUGAAGGGUUUGGCUAAUAGACAGAAGGUUGCAGAGGCUGCAGCUGAAGACGCUCCUGAAGAGUUCCUAGAUCCAAUUAUGGGCACAUUGAUGAAUGACCCAGUCUCUCUACCAAGUUCUGGCAUGAUAGUGGACAGAGCAACCAUAGCUAGGCACAUACUAAGCGAUCAAACAGAUCCUUUCAAUCGAAGCCCUCUUAGUAUGGACCAAGUGAUUGCUAACACAGAACUAAAGGACAAGAUAGACAAGUGGAUCAGUGAACACGUUGCAGAUGAAGGAGAUGAUGAUGAUGUAUAGCCAAUACCUGAUGAUAUAGGCUGGUACAUGUAGAUGCUUAGCAAUCAUGACUGAUCAUGAGACAAUGUUGGGUUGGCCCCUGCAGGCUUCUGUUCACAAAAGUCCCCAAAAUGUAAAAUAACUUCCAACAGCAUCGCUAAACAGAUAUUUUAUUUUGGAGAACACUGGGUUUUGAUUGAUUCUGAUUUUUUCAAAGAAUUAGAGGGUCGGGCGGUGUUUAUUGUUACCAUUAUACAAUGUACAAUGUAGUUCAGUUUCUUUCUACAGCUUUGAUCUGAUUACGGAGAAUUGGGAAUAUUCUGGUGGAUUUAUGUUUUAAAAUAUCUAGAAUUGUACCCAAUUGACUUCAUUUUAUCAAAAUCCUAUGUUGUAAAAGCUUUAUUACGUCACCAC